AUGUCGACGAACGGAGUCCGUGAAGUUGAAAAAACCCUAGAUCGUAUCAGUAAGUUGCCGGACGCAGUUCUCAUACAAAUUCUCUCUCUUCUGCCGACGAAAGAUGCCGUCGCAUCAUGUGUUCUCUCAAAAAGGUGGCGUUAUCUCUGUAAUUCAAUUGAUAAUUUCCAUUUCGAUGGUUGUAGCUACUACAACAAUGUAGAAAGUUUCGUAUUUCUAGUGGAUCAUGUUUUAUCUCAUUGCACUUGUUCCAAAAUCAAAAAAAUCCAACUCAUUUUACCUUAUAACUCUGAGUGGAACUUUGAUUUGAGUAUCAGCCGAUGGAUGAAUUUUGCUGUGGAAAGAAAAGUGGAAGAUGUUGUAUUGUGUUUAUGUGAUGACAAUUUCACUUUCGAAUUGCCUAUAUCUAUCUGUACUUGUUCCUCAUUGAUUACAUUGGAUUGGAGCUGUUGUGCGAUUGAUAAAGAAUCGGUUAUACAGUGGAAGUUGUUGAAGAGCCUAAAGUUGAACUAUGUUUUUAUAGAUAAUGACGAUCUCGCGAAGAUUUUGUCAGGUUGUCCUGCUUUGGAAACUCUGGAGUUGUCUUUAUUUGAAGGUUUUCGCCGUCUAGAAAUCACUUCUUCGAAUUUAAAGAGACUAUCAUUAGGAAGCUACUGGUGGUUUUAUGGCAGAGCUGAUGAACCUUUGGAAAUUAUUGCCCCGUAUCUUCAGCAUUUGGAAAUUUCAGGAGACCUUGAUUAUCUCAAGUGUAAGCUAGUAAAUGUCUCCUCUUUGGUUACUGCUACACUUACUUUUAACAUUACAUGUAUAACUGAGAUCGAGGGGUUUGCUGACGAAGAUGGUUGUAGUGAUUAUCAUCAAGGUUUUAGAAAUCUCGUUCUGGACUAUCUUCAAAAACUAAGUUAUGCAACUGAGCUAACAAUUGGACGCUGGUUUGCAGAGUUUAAUGAUUUCUGCUGCCAACUUGAGCUACGUUAUUUGGACAAAGGACGUCAUAUAAUCUUGCAGAGUUGGAUUUCAAACGCUGUGUUUCCCAAUCUCAAGAAUGUUACGUUUGAUGCCUGCAUAUAUGAAUGUAGAAAAAAGUGGUUUGGAGGGGGCAAUGACAAGCUUUUUGAACUUUCAGUAUUUCUACUAAAGAAUGCAACGGCUUUGAAGAAGUUUGUCAUUGUAUCAAAAAGGAGAAUCUGCAGGGAAUGUUCAGAGAGCUGUGUGUCCCAAUAUUUAUCAGGAUUGGCUAAGAAAUUGUUAGACAGCCCAAGAUCAUCUAAGAAGCUCUUGAUUAUUUACCAAGAGUCUGCUUUGGAUUGA